AUGAUUAUACCUUUACCUUGCCCAGCUAUACCAAGCAGUCAGGUGAUUAUACCUUUACAUUGCCCAGCUAUACCAAAUGGUCAAGUUAUUAUACCUUUACAUUUCCCAACUAUACCAAGCGGUGAGGUGAUUAUACCUUUACAUUGCCCAGCUAUACCAAAUGGUCAGGUGAUUAUACCUUUACAUUGCCCAACUAUACCAAAUGGUCAGGUGAUUAUACCUUUACAUUGCCCAGCUAUACCAAGCAUUCAAGUGAUUAUACCUUUACAUUGCCCAGCUAUACCAAGCGGUCAGGUGAUUAUACCUUUACAUUACCCGUCUAAACUAAGCGGUCAGGUGAUUAGACCUUUACAUUGCCCAACUAUACCAAGCAUUCAGGUGAUUAUACCUUUACAUUGCCCAACUAUACCAAGCAGUCAGGUGAUUAUACCUUUACAUUACCCGUCUAAACUAAGCGGUCAGGUGAUUAGACCUUUACAUUGCCCAGCUAUACCAAGCCGUCAGGUGAUUAGACCUUUACAUGCCCAACUAUACCAAGCAGUCAGGUGA